CAGUCUGGGCUGGUGUUGAUUCAGUCGAGAGUUCGUGAUAUCGGAUGGGUCUCUUACGCGGGGUACUGUGCAGGACGGGGUAGUAAACGUCAAAAUGAGAGCACCCUCGUGAUAACUCUCGCGUGCAGUGGGAAGUGCGACAACAAUAACAACGACGACGAGGACGAGAAGGACCGGUGGUACGUCGUGCGGCAACGUCCGAUGUCCCGCGACAGGCACCCACGCUGACAGGAAACUGCCCGAGACCAGCCGAAUCGCUCUCCUCUGUUGAUAUCGCCUGGCGGUCCAGGAAAGCAACGAAAGGAAAGCACAACAUUAAGGGGCCUGCUGCAGGCACAUUUGAGACCUGCGGUGGUUGGUGAAUGGUGUUGCAGAUAGAUUCCGUGUGGGGCUGGGCGUCACCCCCGCUGCGCCUCCAGCUAGCCGGGGGGACCAGGGGUGCCUCGGGGAGAGCGGCUGCGGGUGCCCCAUCCUCGCAGAGGAUGGGCGAGAUAGUCGUAGAACGCGCUCCCUCCCCAGCACGCCUCAGUCAUACCUCGGAAAAGCACCCACGUGCGACGCUAACCGAGCUCAAUGGUCUCCGCCGUCAUCGAGAACUCUGCGACGUUGUUCUCAAUGUUGGCACCAGAAAGAUAUUCGCCCACCGUGUCAUCCUCUCAGCAUGUAGCCCAUACUUCAGGGCAAUGUUUACUGGGGAGCUGGCGGAAUCUAGACAAACUGAAGUAACAAUACGCGAUAUAGACGAGAUGGCCAUGGAACUACUCAUAGACUUCUGUUACACUUCUCACAUUAUCGUCGAAGAAGCAAAUGUUCAAACUCUCCUUCCAGCAGCGUGCCUUCUUCAAUUAGCAGAAAUUCAAGAUAUAUGUUGCGAAUUUCUCAAGCGCCAAUUAGAUCCGUCGAAUUGCUUGGGUAUUCGUGCGUUCGCGGAUACCCACUCGUGCCGCGAACUUCUGCGCAUUGCCGAUAAAUUUACUCAGCAUAAUUUCCAAGAGGUGAUGGAGAGCGAGGAAUUUCUGUUGCUACCUGUCGGCCAAUUGGUGGACAUCAUCUCGUCGGACGAAUUGAACGUGCGCACGGAGGAGCAGGUGUUCAGCGCCGUGAUGAAUUGGGUGAAGUACAACGUUACCGAGAGACGACAGCAUCUGUCUCAAGUUCUGCAACACGUGAGACUACCAUUGCUCAGCCCGAAGUUCUUAGUCGGCACCGUCGGCUCCGAUCUGUUGGUUCGUUCCGACGACGCUUGCAGAGACCUGGUGGACGAGGCGAAGAAUUACCUGCUUCUGCCGCAAGAGAGGCCGUUGAUGCAGGGACCCAGAACGAGACCCAGGAAACCCACGAGACGAGGGGAGGUGUUGUUCGCCGUCGGCGGGUGGUGCUCGGGCGAUGCCAUCGCCAGCGUCGAGCGAUUCGAUCCCAACACCGCCGACUGGAAGAUGGUCGCGCCGAUGAGCAAACGAAGGUGCGGAGUGGGCGUAGCGGUAUUGAACGACCUGCUGUACGCGGUCGGCGGUCACGACGGCCAGAGCUACUUGAAUAGCAUCGAGCGAUACGACCCACAAACGAAUCAAUGGUCUUGUGAUGUAGCCCCGACAACUUCCUGCAGGACCAGCGUCGGUGUCGCGGUUUUGGAUGGAUUUCUGUACGCGGUUGGUGGCCAGGACGGAGUGCAAUGCCUUAAUCAUGUGGAAAGGUACGACCCUAAGGAAAACAAAUGGUCUAAAGUGUCGCCGAUGACCACCAGAAGAUUGGGAGUAGCCGUUGCUGUGCUCGGAGGUUAUUUAUAUGCCAUCGGCGGGUCUGAUGGGCAGUCACCCCUCAAUACCGUAGAGAGAUACGAUCCAAGGCAAAACAAGUGGACCCAGGUGUCCCCAAUGUCUACGAGACGUAAACAUCUAGGCUGUGCUGUAUUUAAUAAUCUAAUUUAUGCUGUGGGAGGACGAGACGACUGUAUGGAACUGUCCAGUGCGGAACGUUAUAAUCCUCAUACGAAUUCCUGGAGCCCCAUAGUAGCGAUGACAUCUAGGAGAAGCGGGGUGGGUCUAGCGGUAGUGAACGGUCAAUUGUACGCGGUAGGCGGAUUCGACGGGACUGCGUAUCUGAAAACAAUUGAAGUAUACGAUCCGGAACAGAACCAAUGGAAGCUGUGCGGCUGUAUGAAUUACAGGAGGCUCGGCGGAGGCGUGGGAGUAAUGCGAGCUCCACAAACCGAAAACUACAUUUGGUAGCUCAGGCCCCCCUCUUCAGCCCAAACGGCUGAAACUCCUCUAACUCCUCUCACACCGGUAACGCCAGUUACACCUGUAACCCCUCCCGCCCCCGUAUCGGUUCCUGUUGUUAUAACUAAUACUAGAAAACGCUACCGUCGAUCGAUGAGCAUUAUAUAAGUAAUGUGUAUGCAUUUUGUAAAAGACUUUGCCUUUCUAAAAUUCCGCGAGAGCCGAGUCCCGCGUUUGACACGUUUCACGACGCGUUUUCUCUUUUUCCCUCCUCCCCCCCUUUUUUUUUUAACUUAUCACUCCGAGAUAACUUUCUCGUUCGAUUGAGGCGCACGGAUUACGUGUGUACGGUGAAAGAAAGACGCGAUAACGUGCUCGAAUUACUUUACUGCCGUUACUUUAUACAUAUUUCUUCACAUCACCAUAUAUUUCACAUCACAGAGACAACUUCGUUGUUAUUUUAUAGGAAUCUCUUCGUGAAGGGCGGGCUCCGAUAGCCCACAUAAGUGAUUGGCUAAUUUAAAUGUAAAAUUUUCGUAAUUGGCGGUCCAGCGAAAAGACUCUAGGCGGCCGAUGUGAAUGGACGUGUGCUGUCGCACGGUGGUCUAACGGAACCCUUCCCUUCGUGAACGCUAUACUUGUGUAUCUUUAUUGUGUUUACGCUAUACGAAUUCCAGUCGCUUUAGAUUUAAGUGUUCAUAGGAACCUUCGAGAACGAAGGAUCGCUUCGCGUUUAUCACGCACAGACACUGAGAACAGCGUUUUCCCAUGCGAGAAGAAAGAAAGGCAAAUUCUCUUCCCUCGGACGUGUUCGCCAGAAGCAUAUGUGUUUUUGAAGAGCAUUCACAGCUUCCACUCUCUUUCAGUGAAUGAGAAUCGAAAUAAAAGUUCAAGCUUUCAGUUGAUAGUCUUAAUUUAAUUAAGCGGAAAGGUUGCUUUUGCACCUAAUAUAACGCGAGAUUGUAAUAUAAGACCACUGAUUUCUCAUAAGAGUAGACUGCUUUUUUAAGUAUACGGAUACCAUGUUCUGUUCAUAAGACUGAAUGUUAACCAGGAAACAUUGAAAUACUAAAUCGUGAUAAACAGUUACAGUCUAUAUUCUCUUGCAAAGAUAUAUCAAGUCAGUGACACACACACACAUAUGCACACAACAUAAACACACAUACACUAGCAGUGUGAAACCCUGCGAAUAAUUCGAAUAGUAUCCAACUCAUUUGACGCAUUUAUUAUGUUAUCAACGAUUCACGACAGGUGCAGAGACGCACUUACUCGAGAAAGCAAUAUAUAAUGAUACUUGAGAUUAUAAAUUAUUUAAACGCGAUGUUCGACAUCUCGUUCCUUCGUGUUGCUGCAAAGAUACGCCAUUUAACCGACAUCCGUUGUAUAUGUUUAAGUCAACAGAGGAGUAGCCUUAUCGUACAAAAUGGUGAUAGGGAUCAUUGACAACAACAAUCUCAUAAUGUAACAUUUCUUAUAAUAAUGCGAUAAGGACAAGUGAAAUUGGCUAAGCACGACCAACGUUUCGCUACAACAAUGACGGGCUCGAUAGCGAUUUAUUUUCGUGCAAAAUCGAACGACGACUGGCACGUAAAAAGAAAAGAUUCGGAGAUUUUAACGAAAGCGAGAGAGCGUUCACGCGGAUCGUCGUUGUUACAGGUAUGAGAUUGUUGAAGACAGCAAAAUGCAUGUCUAGCAUAAGAACAUAUUGACGAUGUAAUGUAAUUCUUUCUAAGCAGCUGGCCACACAAAGAUGAUUAUUAUUCCGAUUUCUCUCUCUCUCUCUCUCUCUCUUUCUCUCUCUCUCUCUCUCUCUCUCUUUCUCUCUUUCUCUCUCGAGUCCUACGAGACAGCUUACUGACGCAUUUCUCAAUUCACGCGCGGGACUAUUGCGAAUAGUCCGUUAUCGUGGUUAAGUUAAAAAACUCGUGAUACCGUAGAGGCAAAGGAAAACAUCGUGGAUCGUGCUGUUCAGUUAAUCAAAUUAGACGUUACAAGGGUACAAAUUAUUGUAAUCCACGAACGAAGUUCAAAUAAGUGUUCAAUACCCAAUCCCGAUUCUGAUUUUCAAGGAAACAGCAGUUAGAGAUCUGAAGGAUGUAAUAUUGUUUUCAGAGCGGCAGUUUCGACACGCGCAUAGCGCUAGCUGGAUUAUAAUUUUAAUCUGCGUCGAAACUCGUACAAUAGGCAUUGUAUCGGACCUUACACACGCCAACGUUUCCCGUAAGUGAGGCACACGAGAAACACCGAAAUCUGAUUUGCGUUAUCAAUUUAGCGCGCGUGGAGUAAUCCCGGAAACGCAAAGCGUUAAUGCAGACAUAUUGUUUUCCUGUCUUGCUAAUCGAGAUCAAAAGAUUGUUCUGUACAACUGUUCAGUACAAAGGAAGAGUCAUAGGAUUUCUUUCCUGUUUUUUGUCAAUAAAUUAAAGAAAGUGCGCAUUAGAAGUUUGCGCGAACUAUUA